GAGUUUGCCCCCUCGGAUGAGGAGCUGGAGGCCUAUCGGCGUGGGGAGGAGUGGGACCCAGUGAGAGCCAAUGAACGGCGCCGGCUGCGGGAGCUGGCAGCCCAGCAGGAGGAGGCGGAGCUUGAGCGUGGCCCCGCCCCCCCCGGCCCCCCCACCGACUACAAGGACAAAUACCGGCAUCUGAUUGGCUGCGAGGCCGCCAAGGCCGCCGCCCGAACCAUGGAGGCCAAUAAGGCGUACGGCUGUGGUGA